AUGGCGCUCAUCGACAGAGUGCCCGGGGACCUGAACCUGUACAUUGGUGGCAUGUUCACGCUGCGACGGCGCGAAGCCCUCCAGCAAGCCAAUAUCACGCACGUCUUGUCGGUAUUGCGUACACCACUAGAUCAAGACUUGUUUGGCCCCUUCAAGCACAUGGUUGUCGAGGUCGACGAUGUCGAUGACGAGAAUCUAUUGGAGCAUUUCCCUGCUACAAACCGCUUCAUCCAGGAGGGGCUCCAGGGAGGUGGCGGAGUCUUGGUGCAUUGUGCUAUGGGCAAGUCACGAUCGGCUACCGUCGUCAUCGCGUAUUUGAUGCAAGAGCACAACAUCAGCCCAUCGGAAGCUCUGUCGCACGUUCGGCAAGCGCGAUCCAUCUGCGAACCAAACGAGGGCUUCAUGAAACAGCUCGAGCUAUACGGUGAGAUGCAGACACCAGAGAACGUCGAAGACACCCCGGCCUAUCAGCGCUGGGUCUACCAACGCGAGAUCGAGCUGAGCCGCGCGUGUGGCCAAGCUCCAGAGGCGGACAAGAUCCGCUUCGAGGACGAACAUGUCACCGAUGAAACUUCCGGCUUCGAAUUGAGAUGUCCUUCCUCCGUCAGCGAUGAGACACCAGAAGCUAAGAAAGCCUCUUCGCAAAAUUGUUCCCACUACUUCCUAGAUCCCCUGUCCUGGAUGCGCCCCGAGCUCGAACAAGGCAAGUUGGAAGGCCGACUCGAGUGUCCAAAGUGUCACACCAACGUAGGCAAGUAUGCCUGGCAGGGCAUGCAAUGUAGUUGUUCAGAGUGGGUCGUCCCCGGUAUCAGCCUGGCGAAGGGUCGAAUCGACGAAGCUCGGAAAGCAAACUUUGGCAUCCGUCGGCCGCCGGGAGCAUCAGGUGCGCCUCCGCUGGGGGCAGCUCAGGCAAAGGAGAACCUAUGA